AUGCUGCUGCAAGGAUUAAUGCAGCAGAUCUAUAUAACAGAAAAUAAGUUUGAUUUGUUUGGCAGCAGUGAAAGCAGUGUGAGCUCAGGAGGGGUGUUUGAGACCCCAGAUGGGAAAGAUGAGAACAAGGAACAGUUCUGGAUCGAGGAGACUUUUGGCAGCAGCGCACUGGAGCUGAGUGGGAGCGAGAAUGACAAAACGGCAAAAGAGACUGACAAGCUAGAUGACACAGAAAGUACGAAGAAGGAUGAGACGGAUGAUUUUAUUGUACGUAGGAACAAACGGAAAAGGAUGGCAGGAACACCACCCUUCAGGCAGAAGCCAGGAAAACUAGAAGUGGAUGGUGAAGACUUCAAGCAGUUCGUAGAUGAGCUGAAAAAGAAUAGUGAGCAGCUUAAAACACUUGUGAGAAAUAAUCCAAAUACGCAGAAGGGAAUCAAGAAAACUAUCGAAGACUUGGGAUACAUAGUAAGGAACUUGGCCAGAAGGUGCGAGGAGUGGGAAGCUCAGCAUAUCCAAGCUCGCCAAGAGGUUCGCAUGGAGGCCGUGUUGGAUGAGGCAGUGGAAACAGAGCCAGAAAAACGAAUCGCAGAAUACGUAUGCAGCAAGUGUGGUGCGAAGGAGGCUGAAGCUGCUGCUGUACUGAUGCCAGAGGAAUUGGAGGAAGUCAAGGGAUUUGAGGCCAUUUCCAAACUCUUGCACAGGAGGUGGCCCGAGGAUAUAUUCACGGCGACAAAAGUGGAGCGUGAUAAUCCAGGGGUAUUCAUAGCAGAAAGGGACAUAGCACUGAUCAUAGAUCCAAGUGAUAGGGGGGAGACGGGGACCAUGAAAAUCAUGAAAGAGAAGUAUCCCGAGGCCCAGGAGAUGUUAGGGACACUCAACGAUGGCAACAUCGAAUAUCUGAUGAGGGCAACGAAAACGUUUACCAGCAGGGGUGAAGACAGGGAGAAGACGAGGUAUGCUUAUUUGUUACCAUACGCUCAAGCGACAGGAAAAACAGACCAAUCAGAGAAGCUCUACAGAAUGUUUAUAGGCCUCAAGGAAAUUGUGGAGGCUGAGAAGAGACCAGAGAUUCUCAUAGCACCUCUGAAUGGACUCGACAGAGUGAAUACUAGGAAGGUUCUGGAAUGUGUCUUUCGAGGGACGGAGACAAAGGUAAUCAUCCUCAACCAUGAAGGUAUUGGUAGACAGAGGAACCGGGUGUCAGAGGAGACGGUGACGGUGAAGGCAGAGGGCAAGACGUUCGCGGAACUGUUGCGCACAGUCAAAGACGGAAUCAAUGUAGAGCAGAUCGGAGUGGCGAUGGGCCCGGAAGAACUUCCCCAAGCUCCGCCACCCUAUCAGGAGGUAGGACCCCAACCUGACCAGGGCGGUCCCUUGGUCGCACCCCCAGCUGCAGUAGCACCAGCAGGAAAUGAUCUGCCUGCACCGGAACUUCCACAGGCGGCCCCACUGCCUUUAAGACAACGUGUCGUCCCUCCGCCUAGGCCCCGCCGGCGUAGGCAAAACUUGGCGCAAGAACGCCGGGUCUGUCAGGCUGGACCUCAGCUGAAGGUUACGAUCAGGAGGCGUCAUGUCACCAAUAAAGUCAAGUGCAAAGAAGUAUUCCAUCCAAGUUGUUUCAAACAGUCUUGUCAAGGAAAAAAUGUUGUUUGUGAGCAUAUAACUACUGAUGAUGGGGACGAUCAAUAUUAUAAACCAAGUAAGGAAUCAAGCCUUGAAAAAGAAAAUAUUCUUCUGAAACGUAUAAUCGACGAAUUAGAGAGUAAGAACACCAUUCUACAUGAAAAUUGUGAUCUAUUGAAAGAUAAAAUUGACUAUCUACAAGAACAAAUAAUUGAUUAUAAUAACUGUAAAGAGAAGGAAGCAAUUGUGGGACAUCUGGUCGAACAAAAAAGUAGCGCCAGUUCCACCACAAAAACUUUGUCUGAUAUCAAGCAUAUACAAAUAGAAGCAAAAACUGGUUCAGCUGACACUAUCACCGCAGCUACUAAAAAAGGUAAUUCCAAGGGAAUCUCCGAACAGAUAAAAAUAAAAACAAAUGACGUGUCGCCAACAUUGCUAAAAGAGACGACCAGAAAUAAAAUGAAUGGCAUUAUUCAUUUGGCCGAUAAUCGAGCUGAUAACCCACAAACAUCGUCCACAUCCAUUGAUUCAGCUGUUUCUGAGGAUAGUACGUGGAAAACCAUUACCUCCCGUAAACGAAAACCUGCAAACGUGAUUGUUGGUAGAAAUAAUGCAAAUUCUGGAUAUGCUGGAGCAGUGAAAGGAGUGCCCAAAUUUGUAGACCUUCAUGUCUACAGAGUGGCUCCCGAUACCACGAAGGAAAAUAUGGAAAUCUUACUCAAGUCUAAUUUUCCAGAGGUCACCUGCGAACCACUGAAAUCACGACAUCCUCAGCUCUAUGCCUCCUUCAAGAACUCGGAUGAAAUAAGGAUCGCCGUCAACUUCCAAGAUUUACUACUCGAUAUUUCAGAAAGUUAUAUCUAUAUUGAGGGAAAAUUCACGCCGAAUGAUCCUACUAAAACAUGUUAUUUAUCCAACAAUGCUUUAGCAUUCCUUUUCGAUGAAAUACGUUAUGAGAUGGGUGGUGAACAAGUAUGUAUGAUUCGAAAACCCGGCAUCACCACAACCAUGAAAAGUAUGAUUUCCUAUAGUGAGGUGAAUGCAAAAUCCUUAGAAACAGUUGGAUGGGGUCUAGAAAAUGGGAAACAGUGUAUUUUAGAUGAAGCUAGCCGCGUGUUUAGCGGUAAGCUACCUCUCAAAUAUCUGAUGGGGUUUGCUGAAGACUAUAAAAAAGCGAUUCUAAAUAUCAAGCAAGAGUUGAUCCUCAUUAUAGCUCGUUCAUUCAAGAAUUCCUACAUGGGAGAAGUUGAUGCCGCAUUGGAGAUUAACAAAAUCGAAUGGAAGAUAAGGCAUGUGGCACCAUCAGAUAAACAGAAAUUGAAGUUGUUGAAUCGUUUGAAUAGGAGCACCACUGCAAGAGUAAAAAUUGCGUACAGGAUGUGGGAUCUUUAUGAGCUACCAACAAUCCGUGAAACAGCUUCCGAUAUUUGGGCCGUUAAAACAACCAAUAGUCUCGAGCGACCGCGAUUUAUCAUCAUAGGAUUCCAAAACUCCUCGAACACAGAUGACAGGUCUAAGGAUGUCACACAGUUCACCCAUGCAGGAGUUAACAAUAUUCGUCUGUAUCUGAAUUCGGAAGUUUAUCCAUACGAACGAUGGAACUUGGAUUUCGAUAAGAAAUUGGAUGCGGUAGCCUACUAUGCAUACGAAAAUUUCCAGCGUAGUUACUAUGGGAAAGAUAUGGGUGAACCAAUGAUGAGCAUUGAAGAAUUUCGCGCUAACCCGCUAUUCAUCAUAGAUUGCAAUCAUCAACCCGAUGCAAUGAAAUCCUCAACUGUCGACAUCAAGUUAGAGUUCGAAACACGUAAAACGAAGUUUCCAUCUCACAUCAAAGUUUACGCACUGAUUCUCCAUGAUGCAUAUUUGACUUAUAGUGCAUUGGACGGUUCCAUUCAGAUGGGUGCUAUAUAA